AUCAUUCUUCCAUUCUGCAGAAUGAGGCUGUGCGUCGUGCUUCUCUUUGUUUCUCUGCUGACAUCAUGUGAAGCACAAGGAACCAUUGAGACUCCUGUGUUUGUGCUGAAGGGACGUGAUCUGCUCCUGGAGCUUGAUGCUGAUCCUCCUGAUGGGAUUUCAUAUGUUGACUGGAAAAUCAAUAAAACAGUCCAGUUAGUAAGAAUUCCACUUAAUAAGGAACCACAUGUCCUUCAUAGUUUCACUGGAAGGUUUGAGUUUCCUGAGAAAAAAUUCUCUGUGAUAUUGAAGAAUCUGCAAGAGACCGACAGUGGAGUUUAUUCUGCUGUAGCAGGAACAUCUACAGGAGACAAACCAGUAUCUGAAUACAAGGUCACAGUUCAAGGACCAGUGUCUCCAGUUGAACUGAUCGUGGACCGAGUGGACUCCAACAUCUCAGAGUCAUGUGAUCUCCAUGUGACCUGCAGGACUCACAACUCUCACAUCAACAGCACUUUCAAGUGUCCUAAAGGGGUCUGCAGUCAGGAGGGAGGAGAGCGAUCAGAGGUCACGACCUCUGGGGCUUCUCUCCAGGUCUACCUGUUGAAGAGCACCAUCAUCUGUAACCAUAGCAACCAGGUUAACUGGACCCAGGACUUUAAUACGACUGAACACCUUUGCCCAUCAAAACCUGAGCUUCCCUUUGUGUUCCUGGUGAGGAUGGUGGUGUUCUCUGUGGGUCUGAUCAUCAUGGCGUCUGCCGUCAUCACUGUUCACCUCGUGGACUUCAAGAAGCACCAAGAAAGAAAUGGAGGUCAAACCCCUCACGCUGCCCUGGAGGAAAGCUCCCACCUAAAGGUCACCUUUUAGACCCUUGAUGAUGUUCCACUGACUCACAGCAGGUGGCAGCAACACACCAGGAGAAGAAAAGAGGAAGACGACGCAAAGCAGCAAACAUGGACGCAAACUAUUAGGAUUUAAAGUAUUUAUCAAUUCAGCUUUGAAGAUAUUUCCUGGUGAAGGAAAGACGUUUAAUACGUGGACUCAAAGAUGCAUUUUGGCAAGAAAGAACUUCAUCUAAACAUUGUUUCUUCAUAGGAAAAACUUCAAAGGCCACUUUUAAAACAAAUGCUGAUAUUCCAUUCAGUGUUUUCAUGUUGUAAAUAAAACUAUUGCAAAGAGAUGACAGUGAACAUAUUUUUUGGUGGAUGAUAUCUUGUGUAACAUGAGUCCCGGGGGGGUAUUGCAUGAGACCAGGAUAAGGGAUUAAGGGGAUAUUCAGGUUAUCCUGGAGGUAUUUAGCUUGGAUUUGGUUGCAGGAAUUGUCACUAUUGCUGUCACCAGUUUGAUUUUAAAC